AUGUGGAGUGUUAUAAAUCGACGUGUAUUCUUCAGGAAACUCGAACAACAACUCAUUGUUCGUUGCGCAUUUUCAAACGAUUCAUACGGACUAGAUAAAGUAAAAACAAAACCCGUUCCGGAUAUAGUGAGAAAACCACCGCGCUUACCAUUUCUGAAAUCAAUAUAUGCCGGUCAGUAUGAUAUCGAAGUCCUUACUUAUCCAGAAACACUUAAUUUGGAGAGGUACAAGGACUUGGAAUCCCGUGUGCAACAAGUUCAACACAAUUGUUCAAAAAUCGAUACUGUCCGGCAACUAGGACUAUUUGGCAUGAGUGCUCCAUACCCAUGUUCAGGUCUCAACCUAUCAGACACUGAAGUUGCUCGUGUAUUUGAGUACUUUGAUUCCAAUACAUUCAAAUCUGUGUUUGAUCACACGCUCUGUGUUGAUAUUAUUAAAACUUUUGGUACACCUAAUCAAAAAUCUAAAUAUUUACCAUUGCUCGCAUCGGGUGCUGUAUGUACGUUGCACAUCGAUACUGUAAUAGGUACACUACUACCCAAUGAAAGUUGGGAACUUACUGGUUCCGUAAAACAGUCUACAGAUGUUUUCUUGUUAUUUGUUAUUAAAAAUAAAGCGUACAUAGUAGAAAAGGAUAAAACUUUUGCCAAUGGAGAAAAUUUAGAGUUGAGACAGGUAAUCGUUACUCCAGAUGAUGUAAUAGAGAAUGUUGAUUUAACAAAAAUAAUGCACAAAGGUAAAUUAUACGCAUGUUCUUCAUUGGCUACGUCGUUGAAGAGAGUUGUUCAAUCAACCAUUCAAAAUAUAAUACCCAAAACUAGGUUAAAUCUAAAAUUAAGAGAAUUUGAUUCUGUUCUUGAGAUAUUAGCAAAAUCGUUAAUGAACAUAUACACACUUGAAAGUAUGAUAUAUCUAACCACGUGGAUGACUGAUGGAUUUGAUAAUCCAGAUAUCGGCUUGGAGUCAGCUUCCGUACAACUAUUUGCUCGACAAACAGUUAACAAUGUAUUGUUAGAUUUAAAAAUGGUUAAUGGAAGAAAUUCAGUAAGUGAUCAAUUUUUAUCUUUGUGCAAUGAGGUGGAGAAUUUAGUUGAGAGUUUGGAAGGAAGUAUAAAACUAGCUAAUUUUAUUAGUAGUCAAGGUAUAGAGUUUUUUAAUAAAUCUGAUUAUGAAGAAAAUGUUUCAUUCUUAACUACAGCUUAUAGAAAUCUAAUGAUGAAAAGAAAUGAGCCGAGUUUAAAAUAUGGUUUUAAACAAUAUCUACAUCCUGCACUCCAGUAUGCUGCAAAUUUUCUUGAGUAUGAUGUAUUGAAAUUUCAAUUUAUAAUUGACCAAUCUCAUGCUGCUGGUCAACUGAAUACUGAUAAUCAAAUGCUUAUGGAAAGGUUAUCGACAGUAAUCGUAUAUAUUUAUGCCAUGACAGCAGUGCUUGGUAGAGCAUCUAGAUCAUAUUGUACUGGAAUCCGGUUUUGUGAUUAUGAAAUGAAUACUGCAGAAACAGUGGUUAGAGAAUCAUCUGCUCUGCUUAAACCAAUCUUAGAAGAAUUGAUGAGUGGUAAAUAUAUUGCAAUAGAUUCAGUCUAUGAAUCAUUUGCUGACCAAUUAUUAGUUAAUAAUAUAAAUCGAGAAAAAGUAGAAACGUAAGAUGUAUAGUUUAUACUUUAUUACAUUUUUAUUUUUGUCUAAUAAAUUGUAUUAUA